GAAAGUCAAGGGUUGGCCCUCAGGCUUUUUCCUUUUUUUGCUUAAUUAAGAACAAAAUGUCUUCUUUACAGCUUUAUGUUUGGGGACCUGCCUUGAACACACCUUCGAUUGAUCCUAAAUGUAUUGUUGUCCAAUCAUACUUAAACUUAAUCAAACAAGAGUACACUAUUGUCAAAUGUAAUGAUCCACAACUGAGUCCAACAGGAGAACUUCCAUUAUUGAAGGAUGGAUCUGUUUGGGUCGCAGGUGUUGAUCGUAUUUUAACUCAUUUGAGUAAACAUAAAAAAGAUGCCAAUGCUGAUCUUUCACCUGAAGAAAAAGCCGAUUAUCUCGCCUAUUCUGCAUUAGCUCAAAGCAACCUCUAUGAUGUGAUGUUGUACACUUGGUACGCUGAUUCAACAAACUUUAUAAAAGUAAUUCGACCUACCUAUGCAAAGUUGUUAUCAUUUCCCACUCGUUACAUCAUACCUAUUCAGCUGAGAAACAAUGCACAAGCUAGACUAUCUAGACAUAAGGUUGAAAUCAUUAGUGAUGAUGUAGGACUACCUCAAAACGAAAAAGAGGAAAUGAAGGAACUAUUAAAGUCAGGAUGGCACCAUAUGUAUCGCUUAGCUAGAGACACGUACACCACUUUGCAAGCUCAAUUAGGCGAUAAAAAAUAUUUUUUUGGAGAAAACUUAACAACACUGGACUGUAUCUUGUUUGGUUAUCUUGCGCUGCAUUUAUAUCCUGAUUUACCCCACAAACGAUUACAAUACAUUCUUGUCAACGAAUAUCCAACAUUGUCACAAUAUUGCGAUAGAGUUAGAGAUGCGCUACAUCCAUCAGGUCAAGCGCCUAUAGAAUCUGACCCUUCAGAAGACGUACCUUCACUUUGGAAGACGUUUACAAGCAACCCAUUAGGCUUCUUUAGCUCCGUCAAGAGUGACAUUGUAUCAUACAUGAGAAGCAAUGAAGAAAAGAAAGAGAAAAGUCAAGCACAGAUUGAUUUUGAACGUAAACGUAUAUGGUCAAUUGCUGGAGGUGUAACAUUUAUGCUUGCAUAUAUCAUAUACAAUGGCAUCAUUAGCCUUGAAGUACAAAAUGAGGAGGAUGAAGAAUAUUAUGGAGAUAAUGAAAAUGAUUAUUAUUACGAAGAAGAUGAAAUUUAAAAUUGGGAAACUAUCAACCUUUUUUCUCUGAAAAC